UCGGUGGCGCGCGCACUCCCUCCUCUCGGAGAGAGGGCUGUGGUAAAAGCCGUCCGGAAAAUGGCCGCCGCCGCCGCCGCCGCGCCGAGCGGAGGAGGAGGAGGAGGCGAAGAGGAGAGACUGGAAGAAAAGUCAGAAGACCAAGACCUCCAGGGCCUCAAGGACAAGCCCCUGAAGUUUAAGAAGUUGAAGAAAGAUAAGAAGGAAGACAAAGAGGGCAAGCAUGAGCCCCUACAGCCGUCCGCCCACCACUCCGCUGAGCCAGCCGAGGCGGGCAAGGCAGAGACAUCCGAGGGGUCGGGCACAGCCCCCGCCGUCCCAGAGGCCUCUGCCUCCCCCAAACAGCGGCGUUCAAUCAUUCGUGACCGGGGACCCAUGUAUGACGAUCCCACCCUGCCUGAAGGUUGGACACGAAAACUGAAGCAAAGGAAAUCCGGCCGCUCGGCUGGGAAGUAUGACGUGUACUUGAUCAACCCCCAAGGCAAAGCCUUCCGCUCUAAAGUGGAGUUGAUUGCGUACUUCGAAAAGGUAGGCGACACCUCCCUGGACCCUAAUGAUUUUGACUUCACGGUCACGGGGAGAGGGAGCCCUUCCCGGCGAGAGCAGAAACCGCCUAAGAAGCCCAAAUCUCCCAAAGCUCCAGGGACCGGCAGAGGCCGGGGACGGCCCAAGGGGAGCGGCACGGCGCGAGCCAAGGCGGCAGCCGAGGGCGUGCAGGUCAAGAGGGUCAUGGAGAAGAGCCCUGGCAAGCUCCUGGUCAAGAUGCCCUUCCAGGCUUCAGCAGGGGGCAGGGGAGACAGUGGUGGGGCAACCACGUCUGCCCAGGUCAUGGUCCUCAAACGCCCCGGCAGGAAGCGGAAAGCAGAGGCCGACCCCCAGGCCGUUCCCAAGAAGCGAGGCCGGAAGCCCGGCAGUGUGGUGGCAGCUGCUGCCGCAGAGGCCAAAAAGAAAGCCGUGAAAGAGUCUUCCAUCCGGUCCGUGCAGGAGACUGUGCUCCCGAUCAAGAAGCGCAAGACCCGGGAGACCGUCAGCAUCGAGGUCAAAGAAGUGGUGAAGCCGCUGCUGGUGUCCACCGUGGGCGAGAAGAGCGGGAAGGGACUGAAGACCUGCAAGAGCCCCGGGCGGAAAAGCAAGGAGGGCAGCCCCAAGGGUCGCAGCAGCGCCUCCUCACCCCCCAAGAAGGAGCAGCCCCACCCCCACCACCACUUGGAGUCCCCCAAGGCCCCCGUGCCGCCACUGCUGCCGCCCCUGCCCCCACCUGAGCCUGAGAGCUCCCAGGACCCCACAAGCUCCCCCGAGCCUCAGGACUUAAGCAGCAGCGUGUGCAAAGAGGAGAAGAUGGCGCGAGGAGGCUCGCUGGAGAGCGACGGCUGCCCCAAGGAACCAGCUAAGACUCAGCCCGCAGUGGCCCCUGCCGCCACAGCUGCAGAAAAGUACAAACACCGAGGGGAGGGAGAGCGCAAAGACAUUGUUACGUCCUCCAUGCCAAGGCCGAGCAGAGAGGAGCCUGUGGACAGCCGGACGGCCGUGACAGAGAGAGUUAGCUGACUUGCGACCGAGGGCAUGGAAAAGGCAAACCACCAAGGAUAAAGGCAGCUGUUAUCUCUCCUCCUUAUGGGUAGGGCUCUGACAAAGCUUCCCGAUUAACUGAAAUAAAAAAUAUUUUUUUUUCUUUCAGUAAA